UGACAAGGUGGGAGUGGCAUUCCAGAAAUUUGUUACAGUGGGUAAAAAGGUGAGUGAUGUACCACAAGUCACUUAAAAGAAUAAUCGGUUCAGAAGUUCAUCAUUGCAAAGUUGACACAACAGUAAUUUAGAGGAUAGAGUACAUAUUCUCAGAUACAGCAGACAAUGUAUAAAACACAAAGAAUGAGGUUUGUCGUAUUUUGGUGAAUACUGGUAAGUAUGAGAUGGCAGACAAAAGGGCAAUAUUGAUAUGGAAGUAAUUUUAGUAGGUUAGAAGUUAAAAGUAGGGAAUGGGAUGCUGUCCAUUUACAGUUCAGUUUUUCUGGUUUAUUUGGAAGGAUUUGUCUUUUCUAUAAUAAUUCUAAAUUUCUCGUUACGCCAGUAAAGCGCCAUCGAGUUUUGUAAACUUUCUGAAUCUAUUGGCAGUUUCACACUCCGAGCAGCAGGGGUCGCUGUCGGUCGCCUCUUCGCGUUGAUCUACUUGCCUGACGUCCGCCUCCGCUGUCAGUCGCUUUGUUUUGAAUCGAUUAGCUUGUUUCCAGCUAGCAGGUGUCGGAAUGGAGGAGGAUCCGGAGACCGGGAAUUCAUCACGGACGGAGAGAAAAGCGUUGGAAAAAGCCAAAAUACUACAACGUGAAAGAGAGAGAAAAAUCUUCCGACUGGUCGGACGGGUUCUGAAGAAGCCUGAGGCUGAACGGUCGGAGGAAGAGGCCGCAGCGCUGCUGCUGCACAGAGAGGCCGUGGAUGAGCUCUGCAGGAGGCAGAUCCGAAGAAAUGUCCUGAAGAGGAAGCAGGAGGAGGUGUUUGACGAUGCUGAUGAAUUGAAGAGUAAAGUCAAGCAGCUGGCUGCGGCUGUCAAGCAAGCCAAUCGCCUUGUGGUUUACACUGGAGCAGGAAUCAGCACGGCAGCCUCCAUCCCAGACUACAGAGGACCUAACGGGGUGUGGACGCAGCUGCAGAAGGGCCGCACCAUAAGCUCUUCAGACUUGAGCAAAGCUGUGCCAACCGUCACACACAUGUGUAUCAGGAUGCUGCACAAAGAGAAGCUUGUGAAACAUGUUGUUUCUCAGAACUGUGAUGGACUUCACCUGCGAAGCGGUCUGCCUAGAGAAGCUCUGUCUGAGCUCCACGGCAACAUGUUCAUCGAGGUGUGCACUUCCUGUUCUCCUGCCAGGGAGUUUGUGCGCUUAUUUGACGUAACGGAGCGUACGUCGCUGCACCGCCACGGGACAGGGCGCCGCUGCAGCCACUGUGGCAGUGAGCUGAGAGACACCAUAGUGCACUUUGGGGAGCGUGGAACCCUGGAACAACCUCUGAACUGGAAGGGAGCGGCGGAGGCUGCCAACGAGGCCGACGUCAUACUCUGCUUGGGCUCCAGUCUGAAGGUGCUAAAGAAAUAUGCUUGUUUGUGGUCCAUGAAUAGGCCUGCAAACAAAAGGCCCAAACUCUACAUUGUGAAUCUCCAGUGGACUCCAAAAGAUGAUCUGGCCUUGCUGAAAAUUCACGGCAAGUGUGACGAUGUCAUGAGGCUCCUCAUGGAAGAGCUGAACAUCCAGAUUCCCGAAUACGACAGAGCAGAGGACCCUAUUUUCAAACUAGCCACGCCUCUUCGCCCAGAAGAAGACCAAAGCCAUAACCGUGAGGUCUUAGCUUCCCCCGACGGUGAGGAAACCCCCUCUGCCGAGAACCAGCCGCCGUCGGAGGAGACCUCAUCGCUGCAGGGCGGCUGGUUCGGUCGAGGCUACAACAAAGGCAGGAGGAGAAAAAAGAAAAAAGCAGCGUAAAUGAGGGAAGGUCUUGGAGAUAAUGAAGUGCAUUCAGGUGCUACCAGUGAUUUAUGUUCCUUAUCUUAUUGAUGAGCGCAGACUCCAGCUUUAAGAUGCUGAAUUGAAAUUAUAAAUAUACACAUGCAGCAUGUGUAAGACUAAUGAAAUUUACAGAAAGCUCUUUGCACUGUUAUUUUGUUCUACAUUCAUUCUGUAGCAGCAGCAGGAAUUAAAAGUAGCUCCCGUCAUGUAGCAGUUUUUCUUUUUUCUUUUUUUUUUAUGCUACCUUUUUUACAGCAGGUGGCAGAUCGGGGUUAAUAAAAGCUACAAUUUUAACCCACUUCAGUUGCUGUGGGAUUACUGAGCAAUUGAAAUUAUUAUAAACAAAACUGUCAGUUAAAAAGUCUUAGAAAGAUCCUGAGGAAGGAAGCUUUCAGGUGAUGAAAACACUCCCGCACUUUUUGCUCAUCUGAUUGCGCCAUAUGCAUGCACAGCACCAUGUUGGCUUUUUGUGGAACAGAUUUGAUUUAACAAUGUUGCCUGUUGGUAGGAGAUUGACUAGAUAAAAAAUAUUAUUGUUCUUCUGGUGCUGCCACAUCAAGUGUCAAUUCCUUUAGUGUUUGUUUGGAAAAACUUAGACCUUUGUUUGUCAACGAAACGUAUCAGAAGAAACAAAGCAGCAAAAAUUUUUUGAGUUUUGUACUGUUAACUUUUCUACAUGCAAAAGAUAUAUUUUUACUCCAUUUUUCAAAAGUUGCAUGUUAAAUUUGUAUACGUUUUAUUUUUUACAUUGCUGUACAUUUAUGUUUAUUUUGAAGGGGUUGUAGUUUACGUAUGCUAUUUCUUGAACUUGGUAGUCGUUCUACCAUUAUAAUUGUAUAUGAGUUAUUUUACAGUUAUCUUUAUUUGUUUACAGAGGUGUAAGAAAAGAAGUGUUUCAUAUUUUACUUGUAUGUUGAUUGCUUCUGUGAUAACUUAAUGUUUUCUUUGGUUAGUAACAAUUACAUUGAUUAUUUUUCUCUCAAGAAGGUCAUAUGACAUUGAGAUCAUCGUGUAAUUCAUUAAAUCAAAAACAGGGAACAGCUAUGAGGAGCUUGGGUUGUCGGUUCCUAAAACUGAAAACAGUAUUAAACCUGAAUGUGAAGACGACUCUGCUUUUCCUUGGUGCAUUUUGUAAAGCAUUUGUUUAUUAGACAGAAGAAAAAAAACUAGCAAUGUUUACCAUUUAAUGCUUUAACUCAUUUAAGAACACCAGAGGUGCUAAUGUUUGUAAAACUUUUUGUUUUACUUGUUUUCUUGACAUUUUAAUGCUAAACGGGUUUAUUUACGAGAGCAGUAUCUUGCUGGAAUGUGUGGAAGAUAAGCAGCUUGAGAACUGUGUAUUAGAAUUGUAUGUUGGUUUGUUGAUGGUUUAUUACUUCCAACUGGUAUUAAACAUAUUUUUUUUUAUUUUUGAAGAUGAUAUUCAGAUGCUAAACAAAAAACAGAAUAUUAAAAACUUUUGUUGUUUA